AUGGGAUGGAGUGGGUGUGGGCGGGCUGCGGGACUAGUAGUUCGGUUCUGGGUGGAGGUGGCGCUAGGAGCUCGUUUUUGUGGUGGCGGUGCGAUGGGGGAGGCGCGGGUGGUUAGGCUGGAGGGUUGGGGCGGGGUGGAGUGGUCGUGUGUACGGGGUGAAGGAGCCUUUGGGGCUGAGUAUCCUCCCUUUGUGGCGUUUAGGGAAGCAGUAGGGAGGGACCCUCCUGUUGGGGGUGUGGUGCGUUGUUGGGGUGAGGGGAGUUGGUUGGGGUGUGUGGAGGGCAGUAGGUGGUCUGGCGGGUGUGGUAGUUGGGUGGGGGGUUUCGGCGGAUUGGGGAAUGUUGUGCGGUUGGCGUGUUGUUUGGGGGUGGUGGUGCUUUAG